UUUACUCGACUUGGAAACAUGGACGCGUCCGCAACUUACAGAGCGCCUAGUCCCUUUGACGUGGAUCAAUUGUCCUCGUGCGAUCCGAGUUUGGUCAAAGUAAAAUUGUUUGAAAGAGCAGAAAAGGAAAGUAAAAGAAGGAUCGCUUUGUUCGUCUGCGUCCUUUCCUUCGUCCUGCUGGCAACUUUCCUGCUCAAUUACUUUGUUCUCUCAAACAAAUUGUGGAAUUUCGAGCAGAGAUUAUCAGGAUUAAUUGAACCAUCGCUGGAGCACAAUUCGGCUAAAAGUAGCGAGAGAAAUGAGACGAAUGAAAGGAUCAAGGAAUCGGCAAAAGAGGCUUUGGAAGAAAUUGUCAAGUUGGCGCGCAAUCUAAACGAUACAAAUCAAAGGUUGGAAAAAUUUGCCAAAGAAGCCAGCGAUCGUCAAAAAGAGGUGUUGCAGAUUCUGCGGCAGAAUGGCAGCGAGACAAACGAGGCCAACUUGGCAGUUACAUCUGCUGAGCGCGGGCUGCAAAAAGUUAAUUUUUCUACUAACUGCACUCAAGCAACGAACUUGACCAGGCUUUCCAAUGGCAAAAAGUAUUUCUUCUCUUAUCCAAAUAAAGCAAACUGGAGUGAGGCCGAUGGAAAGUGCAAGGCGAUGGGCCUGCACUUGGCCACCAUCAGGGACGAAGCCGACCUGAACGCGACCAUUGCAGAGGCAACGAAAAGGAACCAAAAUUAUUCGUGGUUGUCGGGGACGAAUUACGGUUUUGGAGGAAAGUACGACGUUCGCUGGCACGACGGCUCAGAACUGGCCCAGAACAGCCCCCUGUGGAAUGCCGACGCUACCAAACUCUGGGACUGCGUCUAUUCCAGCACCGUCGCCAACGAAAAGUUGGACGGCCUUAUGUGCACAGUAAUUGCGUAUUAUAUUUGCGAGUUGCCAACAACAUGUUACUGAGCCUUGGGUGCAAUAAUUUUACUUGGAUUGUAAUCGCCAAUAAAAAAACAAAU